AUGGAAGAACUCAACACAAAUCAUGCGGAGAUGAUGGAAGCAAUCGACAGAUGGCUGGCGUACGUCCCUGACGCUGAUCACAGAAGGCUUCUGCGCCAGGUGUUCGAAUCUGCCUGCCAAACUGUCGAGAACGAGCAUGCUGAGCUCAUGACUCUUCGAUCUCAAGCUGAGGCAGCAAAGCAAAGCUACCAAAGCCAGAUCCGAGAGCUUGAGACUGAGAGAGAGGCUCUAGCAGCCGAGGCUAUCAAGUUCAGUACUCUCAAAGAGGGUCUCACAAAGGGCCUUUCCUCUCAAUUCGAAGCCCUUACGAAUCAGAUGAUUAAUCUCGCUGAGGAUGUAAGGGUUUCCAAGUCUACUGCUGCGGACACUCUCCAAGCCGCCAACGACGCCGCCUCUGCAAACAAUGCACAGAAUGAGGCGGCCCAGUUUCUUAAAGAAGAUCUGGUUGGACGGUUUGAAAGAGUGUCAGCUUCAGUUGAAGCCGUCGUGACUACCUUGAACAACGUUCAAGGUGAAACGACCAAGUGUUGGAAGGCUACAGAAUCUAUUGUAGCAGACCAACAGCUUGCUGAAGACACCCUGGAUGGCAUCAACACGUCAUUCAAUGAUCUUCAGCAGUCUCUCCAUCCCCUUAUGGACGAGACAAAGGCCAUCAAGGAAUCACUUGGCAAUGGUCUCAAGCAAGAGGUUCUUCAGCCUCUCGUGGAUGAGACCAAUACUAUUAAGAGAUCUGUCGCUGCUAUAGAAGCAGACCAGCAGAUCACUUACGAUGGCGUGAAGGGUCUUGAAGGAUCAGUUGAUGGCCUCAAGCAGAGUCUCCAACCUCUUGCAUGUGAGAUUGAGUCAAUCAAGGAAGCCCUUCGCGGUGGUCUCAAGCAAGAUGCCCUCCAGCCUCUUAUGGACGAGACCAGCGCCAUCAAUGAAGCGCUUGCUGGUAGUCUUCAAGGAGACGCUCUUCAGCCUCUUUUAGCUGAGACUGCAGCAAUCAGGGAGUCUGUCGCUGCCUUGCCCUCUGUGACGGAUAUUGGAGCUGCAUAUAACGAGCGGCUAACCGAUGAAUACACAGCCAAUAUCCUAGCGUUACGUAGAGAACGUAACACUCAGAAGGAUGCGGCGGACAGACUCCGGGGUGAACGAGAUCAGCUCAGAACUGAGGUGACCGACAUCACCCGACAGUUGGAAGAGGCAAUGGCAGCACUGGAGCCUGCUAUUGCCGCGACCGACAAUGAGAGGAAUCGUGUGCAACGCAGAAAUGCGCGAAUCCGAGACCUCAGCACGACAUUGACGGCAGCAGAGCAAGAUCUGGCCGAAGCCCGUCCUUUACUGGAACAGAGAGAGGCGGACAGACGAGACCUUGCUGCCGUCAGAGGCCAACUGGAUACUGUACAGGCGAGAGUGGGUGUCCUGACAACCAACCUCGAUCAAAGUCAAAGACAUCACCAAGAAUGCUCUGGACAGUUGCAGGAGGCCCAAGCAAAGAUUCAAGAGUACACUGUGGAGACGCAGCAGCUACAGAGUAAGCUUAAUACUGCUCUUGAACAGCUUAAUGACCUUCGCUCUCAACAAGCCCAGAAUCACCAAGUCGAAUUAAGGAGACAAUGGGAUAUCGAGAGGGAAGGUCUAAUUCAGCAGCUAGGCAAUCAACGCUCUCAAGAAACUGACACCCUCCACCGCGAAUUGAAGGAGUCAUGGGCGAAUGAGAAGCUAGCGCUGAAUGGUCAAUUGACUGACAAGAUCGCUCUGAUCAACAGCCAAAGACAAGAGAUUGAGACUAUGAAUUACAAGCUAUCCGAUAUGGAACAUCUGACAUUAGAGCUUGAGAAGUCAAAGUCUGAUCUUGAGAGGGCUAAACAAUCGCUAUCUAGCCUAACACAGGCAUCUGAAGCUACAUUGUUGGAGUCUACACAAAAGGCCACCAGGUUUGAAAGUGACCUGGCUGAGGCCAAGGCCGAGAUCGAGAGAGUCCAUAACGAGUUGCAAGAGACAAAUUCCCAGCUCGUUGAAAAUGGCAAUCUCGUUCAAGACCUGCGAACGCAGUUGAGCAAAUCCACCACUGAGAUGGAGGCUAUCUGCGAAGCCCACCCUGUCCUCUCGCUGCGCGAGGAGGAGAUUGGGGGGCUUGCCAAGGUGUAUCUCGAGCUCGCUGAUGAGUUUUAUGACCUUCCAGUCAAUUACAAUCCUGAUAAGCGUGACGAGAUGCUCCAGACCUUUGUUGAGGUUGCUCCUCUCCUCAAUUACUAUAGUGCAAAGGAUAACAUUAUUCUUUUAAUGCACUCUAAUCCUCAAGGCUGGUAUUGCUUACAAGAGAAAUAG